GAAAACUAGCGUACACACGCGUAGAAGCGAUUUAGCGUUUAGUUAACGUUAGCGAUAUCGUAAUAUUUUCGGCGCGAAAUAUCAAAGAUCUGUCUAUUGUGAAGAUUAGAUUUAAAAAAUGCAGAAAAAGCUGAUUAAAAGCGCGGAGUUAUGACGAGAUUUGUAAACGUUUCAAGUAAUUAUUUUUUAAAAGGCUUAUUUAAUCAUACAUAAUAAUGUUGAUAACGUAAAAAAAGUGCCGGUCAUUCAUAUUAAAUAUAUAAUAUCGAUAACUGUGUUAAAGAUGUGUGUGCAACGUAUUGGCUGUCUUGUAUCAGUUAAUUAAUUUACAUUUCUUUACGUGUUAGUGAAAUAAAACAUUCAUGAUGGAUAUACAUGAAAUACAUCAGAUGCCAAAUAAGAGUAACGAAGACCUAACUCCAGAGGAAAAAUGGAAAGUGGAGCAUAUAAAGAUGCACGAACAGCAUAUGGGUCACGAAUCCAUGCAUGCAGAGAUGCUACUUAUAUUAUUAGUGACAUUAACAAUAGCACAGAUUGCAUUAGUUGAAUGGAAGAAGAGGCAUUUUAAAUCAUAUCAGCUUGUAACACUAGUAGCCAUGUGGAUUAUUCCAUUUGGAAUAAGCUUAAAGAAUCACUGGUGGAGAUUUAUAUUUUUGUGGCUUUUAUCUUCGUGUAUAACAGGUCUAGUGGUAAGAAAAGCUAUUCAAAGACCAAUAUUAGGUACAACACCUAGACUAGUGUACAAAUGGUUUUAUUUCAUUUAUAAGCUCAGUUAUGCACUGGGCAUAAUCGGCUAUGUUUUAAUGUUACUUACAUUUGUUGGUCUAAAUAUUAUAUUAGACAUUAAGCCUCAUGUUUGGAUGGACUGGGGUAUACUACUUCUAUUUUAUGGUCUUUAUUUUGGAGUAUUAGGAAGAGAUGUCGCUGAAAUAUGUGCUGACACAAUGGCAUCACAUAUUGGAUAUUACACUCCAGGCAGUAUGCCAACUAGAACUCUAGAACCAAAUGUUUGUGCAGUAUGUGGAAACAAACUUCUUGUUUCGGAACAUGAAGAAGGUGUGAUUGAAAAUACAUACAAACUUACUUGCGAACAUGUUUUCCAUGAAUUUUGCAUUAGGGGCUGGUGUAUUGUAGGAAAAAAACAGACUUGCCCUUAUUGUAAGGAAAAAGUGGAUUUAAAAAAAAUGUUUCGCAAUCCAUGGCAACGGCCACAUGUUUUAUUCGGCCAGUUACUGGAUUGGUUAAGAUGGUUAGUUGCUUGGCAACCUUUAAUUUUGUUCCUAGUUCAAGGUAUAAAUUGGGCUCUGGGCCUUGAAGAAACGAAGGAGGAUCAGCAUAAGGUGAUUGGCGAAACAGAAUAGCUACUGCCGUAUUGUCGUGUAGUUUUUCUGCUAGAGCACCGACAAAUAAGUUCCUAUUGUCGCAUUCGCAGUCAGAGGUGAGCAGGUAACAGAUGAAAAAAGUGAUCUUGUUGGACGCGCAUUGAAUCCAACAUACUAUGUAUAUGUGUAUUUGUGUGGGCAUAGUAAGAAAGAGAGAAAGAGAGAGAGAGAGAGAGAGAGAGAGAGAGAGAGAGAGCAAUGAUAACAACUUGCAAGUGAUGUUACUAAAAGAUUUUAAUUAUCUUUCUCGUUAUUAUCGAUAGAAAAACAACUUUCAUCACAUCACGUAUCCAUAGGUACUUGUCAGACCACGUCGGACCCGUCGCGAGAAUAUCGUAUAUAUAUAUGUAUUUAUACUUAUAUACAUAUAUUUAUCUGUAUACCUAUAGUCUAAAGUCUUUCACGAACAUUCGUGAGGUGUGAAAUUACGUCAAGGCGCGCAAAGGUAGAGGAGGAGGAGGGAAAAUAGUGCGCGAAAUGAGAUAACAGAGGGUGAGAGAG